AUGACUUCACGUCGGCGCCCGGUGCUGCACAAACACCAGCAGACGCCGCCGAAUAACAAGGACCGUGGCGACAAGGCAUUUGCGAUGCCGGCACCGUCACCCCGGGUCAUCAAUGCGGCGCCCUCGCUCGAAAAGGCCGAGAUGUACGGCAUUGACGACAACCGACCCUUCUUCAGCCGCGCCAUGGCCCUCGCAGGCCGCAUCUUCAUUGAGACCAUCCCCCAGUGGCUGGCCAUUGGGGCCAUGCUCUCGCUCAUCUUCGGCGGCUGCUGCUCCAACGUCUUCGCGCUCGAGUCCAUCGUCAAGGUUGAGCCGGCGAGUGGCACGCUCUUGACGUUCGUUCAGUUCCUCUUCGUCGCGGCCAUCGGGCUGCCGUCCCAGUUCGAUCGGAAGCGCCCGCCCUUCUUCCUCAAGCCCAACAAGGUUCCAAUCCGCCGUUGGCUCGUCAACAUUGUGCUGUUCUUCGCCAUUAACGUGCUCAACAACCAUGCGUUCAGCUAUGACAUUUCGGUCCCGGUUCACAUCAUCCUGCGCUCCGGAGGCAGCAUCACGACCAUGCUUGCCGGGAGCCUAUAUGGCAAGAGAUAUUCGCGGAUUCAGGUGACCGCAGUGCUGCUGCUCACGGUGGGCGUCAUCACUGCCGCCUGGUCCGAUGGUCAAACCAAGGGGUCGCCGUCGAACAAAUCGGUCGGCAAUGCCAGCUUUAACACGGGCCUCGCCAUUCUCUUCAUCGCCCAGGUCUUGUCGGCAAUCAUGGGCCUCUACACGGAGGAGACGUACCGCAUCUACGGCCCGCAGUGGAAAGAGAAUUUGUUCUACUCACACCUCCUCUCGGUGCCUCUGUUUCUCCCUUUCCUGCCUUCGCUCACGAAACAGUUUAUGAAACUCGCAAACAGUCCUCUUCUGCCGCUCCCAGUCCCCCCGCUCGACGACUACCCGGCCCUGUCUACAGCCGUCCAGCAGGGGCUAAGCAAGAUCCGGAUCCCCAGCCAGCUGUUCUAUCUCGUGCUCAACGUGCUGACGCAGUACGCAUGCAUCCGAGGCGUGAAUCUCCUGGCCGCGGCAUCUUCGGCUCUGACAGUGACCAUUGUGCUCAACAUUCGCAAGCUGCAUCCGUAUCUGCAUGACCCUUCGUCAAACUCGAUGUCGCCCAGGAACACAGCAACUCAAAUGCGAGGAGCCGAUUCGGACGAUGAAGAGUACAGAGUGCGUGGGCGAAGUGAGACGGACUCGGAAGGCGAGCAAAACGAGACUGGCUUCCACCUCGGGCCCCAUGACGGCUCCAAUCACGAUGACAACCCCGAGCUGAGCCCUCCCGAGAUGGAGGAUGGGAUGCUCCCACGAGACAUGCCUCACAAGACGGCCUUUUUCGAUCUGGUGGCGGAACGGCAAAUGUCGCAGACGGACGCCAAGUUGUUCUACCAGCGAAGCCAGGCCGAGAGCCGUACCCAGCUGAGCCAGCUAGCCCAGAUGUCCCCCCAGAGCAGCCCGCUGCUCUCAGCUGGCGGCGGGCUUGCCUCUUCCCAUUCUGAUCUGUCUUCGAACCUCGGUCCCAGUUUCAGCAAUCUGCGGCUUUCGGAACUGGACUCGACUGUCAUCCCUGAGCCUGCUCUCUGGCAACCCCAGAAGAGGGAGCCCAGUUCCGCGGCAGCUGGCAACCUUCCAAGCCGUGAUAGCUUCGCUCAAUUGAACAGCGCAGAGGCUACUCCCGGAGGUCAGUUCCAGGCCACCCUCCGACAGCAGAUGCUGCAGGAUGGCGCAGUCGCAGGCAUCGGCAGCAACACCUUCAUGGACGUCGAUCCCCAGAUCAACGACGAGCUGACCGCCAUUUUCAAUAACGUUAAGAAAGUCGUCGAUACCCGGCACAAGUACAUUCGGCUCUCUCUUCAAGAAGACAGCGAGAAUCCAAAGAAUGACCCGAGCUGGAACAUCUAUCCUGCCCCUCCCGAGCCAGCAUGGACCGAGGACCGGGAGAAGGCCGCCAGAGGCGCCAACAGUGCUAAUAACAGCUUGCAGAACAGCCUGGUGCUCAACGUUGACAAGCAGCGUUCUGCGGAGUCGUCUUCGGACCUGACGACCGGAACCUCGCGAAAGUCGAAUGCGAAAAAGCGCAAGCCAGGGCAGGACAUCGGAGAGGACUUCGACAUGGAAGACCUGCUGCCACUACCCGGGUCGAGUGAGAUGGCGUUUCAGUUGGACGACAACGGAGUGUAUCAAGUGUACGAGAAUGAACAGUCCCAGAGGGCCGACACGCCGAUUGUCAACGUGCCCACCAUCAAGGAGUAUUAUAUCGACCUUGAGGAGAUCCUGAAUGUGUCGUCCGACGGCCCCAGCAAGAGCUUCGCAUUCCGCCGCCUGCAGUAUUUGGAGGGCAAGUUCAAUCUGUACAUCCUGCUCAACGAAUACCAGGAGACUGCCGACAGCAAGAAGGUGCCGCAUCGUGACUUUUACAACGUCAGAAAGGUCGACACCCACGUCCACCACUCUGCCUGCAUGAACCAGAAGCACCUCCUGCGCUUUAUUAAGAGCAAGAUGAAGAAGUUCCCCGACGAGAUCGUCUUGUUCCGCGACGGGAAGCACCUGACGCUGGCCGAGGUGUUUGAGAGCAUCAACCUCACGGCGUACGAUCUCAGCAUCGACACGCUCGACAUGCACGCGCACAAGGACUCGUUCCACCGCUUCGACAAGUUCAACCUCAAGUACAACCCGAUCGGCGAGUCGCGGCUGCGGACCAUCUUCCUCAAGACAGACAACUUCAUCAAGGGCAGGUAUCUGGCGGAGAUCACGAAGGAGGUCAUUGCCGAUCUUGAGUCGAGCAAGUACCAGAUGGUCGAGUGGCGCAUCUCCAUCUACGGCAAAUCCCUGGACGAGUGGGACAAGCUGGCGGCGUGGGUCAUUGACAACAAGCUCUUCUCGCACAACGUCCGGUGGCUGAUCCAGAUCCCGCGGCUCUACGACGUCUACAAGGGGAGCGGCUUGAUGACGUCGUUUGAGCAGAUCAUCAAGAACAUCUUCCAGCCACUGUUUGAGGUGACCAAGGAUCCGACCAGCCAUCCCAAGCUCCACAUCUUUCUGCAGCGCGUCAUAGGUCUGGACAGCGUUGACGACGAGAGCAAGGUAGAGCGCCGGCUGUUUAAGAAGUUCCCGGUGCCGAGGGUGUGGGACUCGAAGCAGAAUCCGCCGUACACGUACUGGAUCUACUACCUCUUUGCCAAUCUCACGUCGCUGAACCACUUCCGCAAGCAGCGGGGCUUCAACACGUUUGUUCUCCGGCCCCACUGCGGCGAGGCCGGCGACAGCGAGCAUCUCGCGGUGGCGGCGCUCUGCUGCCAUAGUAUCAGCCACGGGCUGCUGCUCCGGAAGGUGCCGCUGCUGCAGUACGUCUUCUACCUUGAGCAGAUCGGCAUCGCCAUGUCGCCGCUCAGUAACAACGCGCUGUUCCUGGCGUACGAGCGGAACCCGUUCCACCAGUACUUCAAGCGGGGCCUCAACGUGUCGCUGUCGACGGACGAUCCGCUGCAGUUUGCCUUCACCAAGGAGCCGUUGAUCGAGGAGUAUGCGGUCGCGGCGCAGAUCUACAAGCUCAGCUCGGUCGACAUGUGCGAGCUGGCCAAGAACUCGGUCAAGCAGAGCGGGUACGAGUUCUCGAUCAAGCAGCAGUGGCUGGGCCACAAUUUCCACCUGCCCGGACACAGGGGCAACACCAUGGUCAAGACCAACGUACCGGAUCGGAGAGAGGAGUUUCGGUACCACACGCUGAUGGAGGAGCGGAUGAUUAACCGCUUUGCUAAUGUGUUGGACUACAGGGUCGAGAGAUACACCUCCCUCCCCGCUGAGUCGGCGCCCUCAUCAGCAACAACAACAACAACCGAGCCUAACCCGGCCGUAGCAACCCCUCGCUCACCGGCCCUCUCGACCCAUACAACGACAACCCCCGGCGCCGCGGCACCAGCCAUCCCGAAGCCGAGAUAUUUUCCUGGAAUGCUGGCGCGCAGCCAGACGCAGAGGAAAGAUAGCGUGAGGCGAGAGUCGGGGCAUGAGAGUGAUCAGAGGUGA